AUGUGUUUGAUAUAUGGAGCGACUCCGUCUGCCUGGCAUCUCAUUUUGUCAUACCCAGCUAAAUAAGUGCUCAGCGGAGCUCAAAGUUGUAUGAGUGGAGUUAAUCUACUAAUUGACAAUGAAGCGGAGAAGGAUUAUCUUUAUGAUGUGCUGCGGAUGUACCACCAAUCUAUGAAUCUCCCAGUGCUUGUGGGGGACCUAAAACUCGUGAUUAAUGAACCAAGCAGACUGCCUCUAUUUGAUGCUAUCCGUCCACUUAUCCCAUUAAAACACCAGGUGGAAUAUGAUCAGCUUACACCAAAAAGAUCAAGAAAGUUGAAAGAAGUGAGAUUGGAUCGUUUGCAUCCUGAAGGACUUGGAAUAAGUGUAAGAGGUGGAGUGGAAUUUAGCUGUGGCCUCUUCAUCUCCCAGUUAGUUAAAGGAGGGCAGGCAGACAAUGUUGGACUUCAGGUUGGAGAUGAGAUAGUUCGUAUAAAUGGAUAUUCCAUUUCGUCGUGCACACAUGAAGAAGUCAUAAACCUAAUUCGUACAAAGAAAAUAGUGUCCAUAAAAGUAAGACAUAUUGGCAUGAUACCUGUCAAAAGUUCAGCAGAUGAACCCCUUAAAUGGCAAUAUGUGGACCAGUUUGUGUCAGACUCUGGGGAAGGAAAGGGUAGUGUUGCUGGUCUUGCUUCUUCUGGAGGGAGAGACAAUAAAGAGAAGAAAGUCUUCAUUAGCUUGAUUGGUACAAAAGGCAUGGGAUGUAGUAUUUCCAGUGGUCCAAUGCAAAAACCAGGCAUUUUUAUCAGCAACGUUAAGCCGGAUUCUCUUUCAGCAGAGGUGGGCUUAGAAGUUGGUGAUCAGAUUGUUGAGGUAAAUGGAGUGGACUUUUCUACUGUGGAUCAUAAAGAGGCUGUCAGAGUGCUCAAAAGUAGUCGUACUUUGACUAUCUCUGUGGUAGCAGGUGCUGGAAAGGAGCUGUUCAUGACUGAAGAAGAAAGGCAGAGAGAAGCACGUCUCCGUGAGCAAGAACGCCAGGAGUUAAUGCAUCAGAAGCGACUUGCGCUGGAGACUAACAAAAUCAUCAAAGAGCAGCAAGAGAAAGAGAGAUUAAGAAAACUGGAGAUUUCCCAGAAGGCUGCAGAGGAAGAAGAGAGAUAUCGCAGAGAAAUAGAGCAGAUAACAGCAGAGGAAGAGAAAUUUAAAAAGGAGUGGGAAGAAGACUGGGGUCCUAAAGAACCUUCCAGGUGUCUACAAACUGUAACUGCAGAAGUGCACUCUGCCCCUCGUUCCAAACACAAAACUUUUGGAUGGUUUUAUCGGUAUGAAGGAAAAUUUCCCACAAUCCGCAAGAAGGGGAAAGAGCGAAAGAAGUCAAAAAGUGACAGUCUGUGUGAACAAAAGAAGAAUAAAAAGGAAAUGGAGUUUGAGCAAAAACUUGCCAAAGAGAAAGAAGGAAUGUUGGAGAAAGAAAAACAACUGAAAAUAAAUCGUCUUGUGCAAGAGGUAUCGGAGACAGAACGAGAAGACCUGGAAGAAUCAGAAAAGGUGCAGCACUGGGUGGAAAGACUUUGUCAGACACGGUUAGAACAGAUUUCCUCUGUGGAGAAUGAGUCUCCUGAGUUGGCAAGUGGACGACCUUCCGCUUCUCCUUCUGCCACACCCAUGCGGCGGUUUGCCGGUGGCCUGCAGCUUCAUACCACAGAUCUGGAUGAUAUAAACUUAGAUGAAGUUGACAAGCCUAAGCUAUGUGUGGCACCACCUCUGCCACCACCACCCAUUGUUACUCCAGCAGCAUCAGCUCAUCCACCUCCUACAUCAAAUGUUCCGCUUUCAAGAGGUCCAGCCCUGGCAGUAACACCAGCUUCCCAGGUUGUAAGAAACACCUCCCACGUCAGCAAAGGAUCUUCUGUGUCAAGCAAUCCACUGCAACUUGCUCCAAGUCCACCUACCCAACGACAUCCAGGGGUAUCAAUAGUCUCUAAACCAGUCAUGCUGCAUCCUGACCCAAACUUUAUGGUCAGGCCAACAAUCAAAUCAGAGGCCCUGCCACAAGAGAUGUUUAAAAGGAUGGUGGUUUACAAUUCAUCAUUUAGAUCUAACAAAAAACAAGGCUUCCAGAAAUAUUUGGAAGAUUUUGAUCCAUAUUCAAUGUUUACCCCAGAGCAGAUUAUGGGAAAAGAUGUACGGCUAUUACGAAUUAAAAAGGAAGGAUCAUUAGACCUUGCAGUCGAAGGAGGAAUUGAUUCUCCAAUUGGAAAGAUAGUCGUGUCUGCCAUCUAUGAGGGUGGUGCUGCAGACAAACAUGGAGGCAUAGUGAAAGGGGAUGAAAUACUAGCCGUAAAUGGCAAGAUAUUAAUUGACAGCAGGCUGGCAGAAGCACAGGGAACUCUAGCAAAAGCUUGGAACAUGGGUGGGGAUUGGAUUGACUUAGUCAUUGCAGCAUCACCUCCAAAGGAAUACGAUGAUGAAAUCCCUACUAUUCCCUCAUCAACAGUCAGUCCCAACACACACAGAAAGGUUUUUCAAGGCAGUGCACCUGUGUACAGACAAGGGUAUCUCCUGCAGCUGUAG